AUGCAUCGACCAGUGAAACGGAUAUUUUGGCAAGAUGAUUACAGAAUGAUUCUUGCGCUCAUGCUCUCCAUGGUAGUACAAAUCAUAGCAAGGCCUCCUCCCGAAAAUAUCACCUAUAUGCACAAUAUUUCGCUAAACUACGAUGGACAUGAAAUAGCCAAUCUCGACAGCAUCAAUCAAAAAAUGGCUAUUGCAGUGGAAGGCGUAGAUACGAACAUGGCGACUGUUCUCAAGAAAGCUAUUCUUGAUGCACUACCGUCGUACUUAGCAGAAACACAUCAAAUCGUGACUUUGGAUGGUGAACAAUACAAUGUACAGCAUGAUGCAGUUGACAACCACGCAUCACAAGUACACAUUCCAGAAAUGGAUACGAAUUCUGCGCAGCACACAGGUGCAGACAUCCAUGAAUCAAGUCAUGGUUCAAGAGGCGCUUCUGAAGAAGAAUUCUAUAACAGAAGCGACCUGGUUCAUUUCUUCGUGAAGGUCAACACAAUCGCCACGACAUCAGCACCCAAUGUGACCACAGUUGCUUCCGAUGUGCCACACAGUCAAUAA